UUUUUACUUUGUGGCUGUGUUAUCUAGUGGGAAUCGGGUCAAGUGGCCAUUGUAGAAAUCGGUCUGUCAUUUCCUGGUUGCUAAAAUUCUACACUGUUUGCUCAAUUUCAGUUUAUGUGAGAAAACAAGCACUGAAUAGUGUAGAGAAUCGUUGUACCAUCUAAAUUGCUGUGAAAUAUAUUUUGAAUCACAAAAAAUAGAGUUUUUCCAGCUGUUUGAAGCUGGUGGACCAAAACCGAAAGUAAAAGUCUCAAGCGUGAGUCUCCACCAUGUUACAGGGAAAUGAGAUGCGGGGGAGAUUUGUUUUGAAUCCAGCCUAGCACUGUUGCAAUUCACCUAGCUUCCACGUAGGGGAAAAAUUCUAUGCGCAGCACCUUUUAAACCCCUUCAAGUCACUAGCCCUGUCUGUCUGUCAGGGUUGGGCUCAAUUCAUAUUGAAGGCAGUAAAUUCAGGAAGUAAACUAAAAUUACAAUUUAAAGACUUUUCAAUAAACUGAAAAGUAGAAGCUAUUUAUUUCACAUUUUUAAUUGAAAUCAAUUUGAAAUGAGCCCAACCCUUCUCUAUCUCUUUCUCUCUCUUUCUCUCUCUCUCGCCAACAACACACACUGAGGUUUAAUUUCAUGUGGAUCCAGGAGCAGAUGGAAGCUUGUGUUUACAUCUGUGGUACCGAACCCCCCAUCCCAGCUGACUGACACAGUGCCGAGCGAUGGUUGUAAAUGAGUUUAGGAGGUGUGUGUGAUUGAGUGUGUCUGAGUUUUCUGACUGGUAUGUGAGUGCUUUGGGAGCUUCAGGAUGUGAUUAAUCUCUUAUCAAAACCUCUGGGAGAAGCAGAGCUGAUGGCUAGAACCUUCAGCACUGCUAUGCUCUCACACGUCACUGCCUUGUCCUCUGGAAACACAGUUCACCUCAAGCAACCUAAAGCAACAUAAAGCAACACCCUAACUCCUUCUCUAGCUUGUUCUCCUUCUUUUGUGAUGGUGAGCCAACAUGAUUUCAGCACUUUUAUUUCCAUGACUGAUCAUGGCUCAUUCUUGUCCCUUUGCAGCAGACAUGGGGAGCAAUGUUUGGAACAUCGAAUCGCAUUAUCGAAUCGCUAUACAUAUAUAAUAGUGAGAAUCGCAAUACAUAUCGUAUCAACACCUAAGUAUCGUGAUAAUAUCGUAUUGUGAAGUCACUGGCAAUUCCCAGCCCUAGUCUCUGCCUGCUAAAGACUGCACUCUGGCACAAUAUAUUGUGUUUGUUUCUUUGGCUGGUCACAAGGAAAUUCGAAAAGCUUCAGGUCAACAUUUUGAAGAAAACGACUGUGCUGAGACCACAGGCUACAGAAGGUUGGUUGCCUUACUGGACAUCGCUUAAUAAAGUGAAAGAGAUCUGAGAAGAAAAAGGUAUCUUCUAGUCCAGUGCCGUAGCGGCUCCAGACGAACCAUGUGAUCAUUAGAGCAUCCGAUGUAGCUGUCAUGAGGUAUGUCCACAACCGAACCCGGCGGAAAGCUCAGCUCAGCAAGGACCUGUUGACAACAGCUGGUCUUUGACACAGGAUCCUCUCUGUGACUCUCAUAACAACCCAUCUCCCCUAGGGGGCACACAGACCUCUGCCAUCCCCACAGUGUCUCCUCACAGACUGGACCUUCAUCCUACACCACACUCCUCAUCCUCCCACAGAGUAGGGUAGACAAGAGGUUAAUUCACAAAUGUCUACCUCACGAUUAAAAGGCCCCUCUCCACCACUGCGACCCUGAACAGGCUACAAGAUGACUUCCAGCAUAGGCGGGGAUGACGCCAGCAGUAUCUUUGAUGGGUUAAUGGAAGAAGAUGAAAAGGACAAAGCAAAACGAGUGUCCCGUAACAAGUCUGAGAAGAAGCGCAGAGACCAGUUCAAUGUCCUCAUCAAGGAGCUGGCUACCAUGUUGCCGGGCAACACUCGGAAGAUGGACAAGUCUACCAUCUUACAGAAGAGCAUCGACUUCCUGCGCAAGCAUAAAGAAAUCGCUACGCAGUCGGAGUCUAGUGAGAUUCGACAGGACUGGAAACCUCCUUUUCUUAGCAAUGAAGAGUUCACACAGCUGAUGCUGGAGGCGUUAGACGGCUUCUUCCUAGCAAUUAUGACUGAUGGGAACAUAAUCUAUGUCUCAGAGAGUGUUACAUCUCUACUGGAACAUCUUCCUUCUGACCUGGUGGAUCAGAACCUGUUGAACUUCCUGCCCCUGGGGGAACAUUCAGACGUGUAUAAAGCCCUGUCGUCUCACAUACUGGAGGGAGAGACCCUAACGCCAGAGUAUCUCAAGACUAAAAACCAGUUAGAAUUCUGUUGCCACAUGCUCCGAGGGACGAUCGACCCUAAAGCGCCCCCUGUGUACGAGUACGUCAAGUUCAUCGGAAACUUCAAGGCCCUGAAUAAUGUGCCUAACUCAACUCGAAACGGCUUGGAAGGGGUGAUUCAGCAUUCACUCCGGCCCGCUUUUGAGGACCGAGUCUGUUUCAUAGCAACUGUGAGAUUAGCUAAACCACAGUUUAUUAAGGAGAUGUGCACUGUGGAAGAACCCAAUGAAGAAUUCACCUCCAGACACAGCUUAGAAUGGAAGUUCCUCUUCUUGGACCACAGGGCUCCACCCAUAAUAGGUUACCUGCCGUUUGAGGUUCUGGGUACAUCUGGGUAUGACUACUACCACGUGGAUGACCUGGAGUCACUGGCCAAAUGCCAUGGACACUUAAUGCAGUACGGGAAGGGGAAGUCGUGCUACUACAGGUUUCUCACCAAAGGGCAGCAGUGGAUCUGGCUCCAGACUCAUUACUACAUCACCUACCACCAGUGGAACUCAAGGCCCGAGUUCAUCGUCUGCACGCACACUGUCGUCAGCUAUGCUGAGGUGAGGGCUGAACAGCGCAGGGAGCUGGGGAUUGUUGAGGAGUCGCCACCAGAAAUCUUUGCGGUAGAUAAGGACUCUGGUUCUGAGUCUCAACACCAGCUCAACACCUCCAGCCUGAAGGAGGCCCUGGAGCGAUUUGACCGCAGCCGCACACCCUCCGCUUCCUCACGCAGCUCCCGCAAGUCCUCGUCCCACACCGCCGUCUCCAACCCAGCCUCACCUAAGCUAAAGACAGACGGGGGUACACCGGGUUGCCAGUCUGUCUCUGCUAUUGAGAUGACAUCACAGCGAAGGUCGUCCGUCAGCAGUCAGCAAUCGAUGAGCUCCCAGCACACCCAGAAUACAGGGCAGAACAUGGCCCCGUCCAUAGUUUCACAACAACAACAGCAGCAACAACAGCAGAAGCAGCAGCAACAACAACCACAACGGCAACAGCAGCAACCACCACAACAGCAGCUGCAGAUCCAGCCCAGUGUCCAGCCAAUGGUACAGUUCUCCACCCAGCUGGAUGCCAUGCAGCACCUGAAGGAUCAGCUGGAGCAGAGGACCAGGAUGAUCGAGGCCAACAUCCAGAGGCAGCAGCAAGAGCUCAGGCAGAUCCAGGAGGAGCUCCAGAAGGUGCAGGGCCAGGGCCUACAGAUGUUCCUCCAGCCGGGUGCAGGUGGGCUGAGCCUGGGCUCUGUGCAGCUGGCCCAGGGGACCACCAUGCAGCCAGGGGGCGCUCUCACCAUGCAGGGCCAGGUGGUGUCUGCAGGCAGCCUGCAGGGCAGUACUCAGCAGCAGCACACAGUUCAACAGCAACCUCAGCAGCAGGCCCAGCCUCAACAACAGAACCUGCUACGAGACACCAGCUCUGUCCUCUCACAGUCUUCAGUGCGGUCGACUCACUCUCUGCCGCCCCAGCAGAGUGCCCUGCCGGCCUCCCUCUACAACACCAUGAUGAUCUCUCAGCCCAACCAGGCCAAUGUGGUCCAGAUCGCCAACAGCCUGGCCCAGAACAGCAGCAACAACACAGCUACUGUGGCAACCUUUGCCCAGGACCGCUCGGGACAGAUCAGGUUCCCUGCUGGCUCUCAGUUGCUGACUAAGCUGGUGACUGGUCCGAUGGCGUGUGGAGCGGUCAUGGUCCCUACGACCAUGUUCAUGGGCCAGGUGGUGACGGCGUUCGCUCCUCAGCAGGGCCAGACUCAGACCAUCAGCAUCGCGCAGCAGCAGCCUCAGCAGCAGGAGCAGCAGACGCAGGCUCAGUCUCAGGCCUUAGCCACACAGCACGGACAGGCCCAGCUGGCCCAGCAACAAACACAGUUCCUCCAGGGCCCUCGGCUGCUCCAUGGAAACCAGUCCACCCAGUUGAUCCUGCAGGCGGCGUUCCCACUGCAGCAGCAAGGCGCUUUCGCCACCACGCAUCUGCAGCAGCAGCAACAACAACAACAGCUACAACAGCAACAUCAGCAGCAGCAGCAACAGCUCCAGCAGCAGCAACAACAACAGCAACAACAACUCCAACAACAGCAGCAGCAGCAACAGGAACUGCAGCUGGCCUCUCACAGGGCAGGUAGCAUGUCAGGCCGCUCCAGCACACAGCCUCAGUAACCUGGCAACAGCCAAUUAGACAUGUGGACUGAACCAAGCCAAGGUCUCUGUGUUUGUGUGGGGGGGGUGAAGAGGUAUAGUGGAUGGAUGGAUGGGUGGAUCAAUAGAACUUGUGAACGAUUGGCGCUUCUGAGAGAAAACAAUGCUCUGUUGAUGCAGUGAGCACAGGGUCGCUCUGCCUCACGGCCAUGCUCAGAACUGAGGUCCCCUCACCACGGUGACAGGGGGAGGAAACCCUGGUCCCGCCAGUGUUUGUCCCCUCCCCUGCCCUCUUCUUGUGUGUUCAGUGUGUGCUCCGGUCACCCUCACAGGAUUAAUUUAUGCAGGAUGAUCCAGUCGACCCACUGGAGCUUCAAUCCAGGCUUCAAAGAAGUCCUACGGAACAGACAGCAGAGAUUCCUCGUGUGUAUUGUUUUUCCUCCUAUUUUAGUUUUUUCAUGUUAAAGUAAUUAUGGGUCAGAAAAUAUUUUUAAGAAUGUCAUGUGGAUUGUACUUUUAUGGUACAGAACACAUGUAAAAUAAUAUGUAAAUAUAUGGACAAAAAGAGAACUCAUAUUUUAUAUGAUGCAUGAAAUGAAAAGCGUUGUCUGUUAUUUGUAGCUUUGAAUAUAUAUUUUUUAUCUAGGACUCUAUGAAAGAAAGCAAACCUAACACGCUUAAUGGCAGAUCUUUUCACAGACUUCCUUCUUCUCGGAGGGGUGUGUCUGCGUAGCGGACACCGCUGAUGCUGCUGGUCGUGUCACAGUUUGUUUCAUCCUCUUCCUCACUUUCGAAGUCUUGGUAAAGAAAACAAUAUAUUUUUUUGAAUAUACAUUGCGGUCCAAAGCAACAUGUUGGGGACUCUAAAUAGACACAAUCUUACUCAAAACAAUAUUUUAAACAGUUAAUAAAGCAAAGACCCACAGUAUACCAAAUAGACUUUAAAUGAAUCCUAUGGAAACCUUAUGAGUUCAUUCUUUACUCUGCCAUAAUGCCUCAUGCCAAAAGCUAUUCAUAAGCAUUUUUUAGUUUAUUUAAACCUGAGGCAUUAUGAAUGUUUUAAAGAGUGGUCACAUAAUGCUCAUAGUGAUGCAUGAAUAGUACCUCUAGGUACAGACUACACAAUGGCCAAGUCAUAAUGCUUUACAAUACUGUAGUUAUUUUAGCCCUGAAGGCUUAAUGUGUAGAAAAAUAUAAGUAUUCUUAUAGAAAAAUUAUAUAUUCAAUGACGUUUUAAAUGUUCACAAACAUUACCUUAAACUAAGAAAUGCAAUUCACGACAGUGAUAUUUCCACACAUUGUCACAUAUUAGCUCUGUUAGAAAUGGAAUGAAUACUGAAUCCUUUGUGUCUGUUCUAUGAAUGAAUGCAUCCUCUUAUGGCCAUACUUUCUCCUGUCACUUACAACCAGCAACUACAGCAUGUUUAUGACCUUGAUCUCCAAGGAAGCUUUUUAUGGGUCAAAGCAAACAAAUUAUUGAUAUUUGUCCUCUUUAGAGGAGAAAUGUAAUGAAGGUGGAUCUCAUCAAAUAGGUGUUUGGACAGAAUGCCGCUAGCAAUUGUUGUGAUCCGAGUUCAUCUUCAUGUGUUCGUGAAGUAAUUUUGUAUGUUUGUCUGAAGCCAGUGAUGGAAGUAUUACACUGUGGGGGGUUGCUGUCUUAAUCAAGACAUUAAACUGCUAAUCUGACUUACUGCGGUCAUUCAUUAAAGUAAACGUAUAGCACUUAUUGAAACUCUGGCUACUGACAUCUCUAACAUUAAGAACCCCCUACAAACAGUACUCUUCACUUCUUCUCAGUUGUUCGAAUGGAGAAGACAAACUACAAUACUGGAAAUGCCUCCUUAAGGUGUAGGCUAGGCCCAGUACAGACAAGAAGAUAAAAUGCUGAGGCUAUUUGAUCCAAGAAUGCAAAUUACCUCUGAAACAAGUGAAACUGGCGUUAGUUGGACCUGCCAAAAGAAUGGAUUGAAACAAAUACGGAAAACAGAUGUCUGUUUGAAGUUUUUCUGCUCCUCUGCUCUGCUCCUCCUGUCAGGCAGUAAAUAUCCCCAUGUAACUGUGUUGGAAGGUUAUAAGGUGAUGGUUUGAUUGUCGUGCCAUGGUGAAUUUAAAACGACUUGUUGAGUGGGGUCCUAUGGACUGGUUGUACUGUAUGUUGCCAUAUUAACUUCCAUAGUGGAUUUCCAGGUUUCUAUGGUAAAUGAAGUCGAGUGAGGUUCUUGGGGAUCGAGCCUCUGGUUUUCCCAGUUGCUCGUUUCUUGUCAGGGGCCUCUGCAGAAUGGCACUUUAGUAGUAGUCGUCAUGAAUGUUCACUUAGAGUAGCAUGGUCAGGGACCCGGUCAGUUAAUUUCAUCUCUAUAAAACAUUUAUUAUAUACUGAACAAAAAUAUAAACACAACAUUUUAAGUGUUGGUCCCAUGUUUCAUGUGCUGAAAUAAAAG